AAAAUUAUCCCUUGGGUAGCGGGUAUAAAAAUUAAAUUUUAAGUAGUUGACAAUGCUGUCAAAAUUACAAGUUACGUAGGUUAUUUUAAAGUUGAGUUGAGAUUUGUAGAGGCGGAAACCAUGUCGGUGGCCAUACGAACUAUAGAGUCCUGGACCAGUUUAAGUUCCAACAAUACAUAUGAAUCCUCAUGGACAACCUUGGAAACUGUCGUACACAAUAAACUGGACGAUUUUGUGGAAAAGCAAAACAUACUUGUUCUUUAUCCAGCCCUGAAUGAGCCUUUGAGUGCCAAGUUCUACCACAGCCACGCCUACAAAACAUUUCGGACUCGCUCUCCACACAUGAUCCACGAGCUGAUCCACAGCAUGAGAGAGAACGAGGAAUGGAUCAUGAAGCGCUGUGGUGAUUAUGCACGCUUCGAUCUGCGACGUGUCAUUUGGAGCUUGAGCAUUUUGCGUACGGAAAUACUGCAGAAUAGUCCGUUUAAGUUGUUCUACGACCAGGAGCCCGAUGCCAAAGAAUGGAAUGUGGCUAUCAAGAGGCUGGCUAAUCGCGAGAAGAAUCAGUGGUUCACCUCGACUUGGCUUUUUGCCGAAUGCUAUCUCUAUCGACGCAUUUGGGCGGCUUUUAGACGCGCAGAAACUCUUAGGAACUUUGAUUACUUUUCUCCGAUUAAAUUCAAUACAGCACAAGGACUAGCUAAUCUCAUGAAUAAUAUUGUGAUUGCCACUCGUGGACUUCCACUUAACCAGAUGAACUUUCAGCUAAUGCUGAAACUAUCUCUUUGGAGCAAUCGUUGUGAUCUGUCGAACACAGCCGAUCCACCGAAUGAUGAAAUGUUACAAUUGAUCGACGAAUACGACAAGGAUUUGAUAAUAGAUCAGUCCACGGAUGUGUGGCAUCUUCUCAUAGAGAAUAAACAAACGUCUAGACAGCCUAUUGUUAUCGACAUCGUCUUCGACAAUGCUGCCUUUGAGCUCUUUUCUGAUCUUCUGCUGGCCGAGUAUAUUCUCGAAACGGGUCUGGCCCAGAAGGUGCGCUUCCAUGUGAAGUCCAUUCCCUGGUUUGUGUCCGAUGUCACAGCAGCUGACUUUCACUGGAUGCUGAACAGCUUCUUGCGCAAUAAGUUGGUCGAACUUUCCGCCUUUGGCCAUAAGAUGCGAUCUCUUCUGCGUAAUCAGCGCUUGGAGCUGUGCAGCAUCAACGAUUUCUGGACAAAGCCAACUGGCUUCAGUUCCAUGCGUCAGCUGUCUCCGUGCUUGUACGUUGAACUCAGCUUUAGCACUCUUGUCAUAUUCAAAGGAGACCUGAAUUAUCGCAAACUCCUAGAUGACAUCAAUCGCAGUUCAACGACUCCAUUCCGGGAUUGCUUUGGCGGUUUUAUACCCACCAGCAUUUGUGCUCUGCGCGUUAUCAAAUCGGAUAUCUACUCCGGGAUGCCUCUGUGUACUGUGGAUUGGUUGACCGAAGAUGAUCCUCACUGGAUGAUGCGGGGGGAGAAGGCGGUCAUCCAACUGGCAGUCAAAACAAGACUUUGAAUUUUAAGCCAUAUUCUGUUCAAAUAAAUUACUCUAAGAAUAUUAAAGUUAUGAUUUCACUCUA